GGUCACGAGCCGAAGUCACGUCGCGUCCGUUCUUCAAACAGCGAUAAUCGAACAGCAAUGAGCUCCUCGACACUUCCCAAUCUGCUUGCGGCCUUUUCCAUUCCUCAAGAAUUCUCCCGCUUUGACAGGCUCACAGAUGAACAAAUCCUUGAUCAACUCGUCAGAUGGAAAAUCAACGUUUGUGCUAGCCUCACAAGCCUUCGCGAUCUGCUCGCGACGCGACAUGGCAUCCAAAGCCUACCGGUCGACGAGCAGGCAGACAUUGCUGCAUCCGUAGCUGUGUUUGAUGGUCCUGGUGAAUGGAUCGCAGAUGACGCAUCGUCUCUCGCACUAUCCAUCCUCGACCCGCUUACAGAGCCACAUAUCCCUCCUCUGGUGCUAACGCGCAUCCUGACGCAUCACCUCAAACCCGCUUUCGCUGCCAAUCCACAUCCACGGCUUAAUUUGCAGACAGGGCGCAAGCUGCAUCAGCCAGCGGAUACGCAAGACGCGUAUGAGGGACAGGUAUGGAAGACGCGUAUCGGAACUGGAAAUGUCCUUGGAUGGUGUUUACGAAACAUCGAAAGCAGCACGUAUGAAUCCGUUUGGCACCUGAUUCUCCCUCCAGUGAUGACUUUCCUCGAUGAUUUCGAAGCAUCUUACAAACUGCGUGGAGUUCAGCUCGUAUCUGACUUGCUGUCUCGUGUUCCUCCAGAGCUUCUUAAGCGUACUGGAGUUGACGGCCUUUUAUUCACCUCUUUAAGUGGUACAUUUAACCACCUGCGCGAUCCGCUCACCCCGGAUCUGAUUCGCGCCGCCGUUCCUAUCACCCUGCACCUGAUUGACCUCACCACACCAUCCUCACCGGCUCCGCUUCCCCCGGCAUCAGGAUUUCCCUCCUCAGACCGCACCAUAGUCAAGUCGGGAUCCUCCCGCGCAAACCCGGCCACCCGAUAUGAACAUCUAUCCACACUCCUCGGUUCCUGCCUUAUUGGCACUGUCUUCCUAUAUGCAUAUGCAGAUCCAGAGGCAAUCCUCGCGGCGACAGACAUGCUUCCGCCUGUACUUACCCACAUCGGAAUAGGCGCUGCAAGGUGGCUCAAGGCAUUAAUUCCCCAAUUGACCCAUACUCUUAUCCCGUCAGUUGUCCCCUCCCCCACCCCGCCGCCUGCCAUCGAUUUGAGGCUCAAGGUGUCUUCACUCCGUGCACUAUGUAUUUGCAUUGAAACUUGCGCCCCCCGAAUGUAUCUAUGGAAGUGCAAUAUCAUUGAUGCAAUUGGACGCGCAUGGGCGGGUGCCGCGAACAUUGAAUGUGAAGGUCAUACCCAGCUUGUGGAUGAGACAGGUGCAAGUAGCCUGGCGCUAGAAUACAAAGCUCUUCUGCAAUCGACUUGUGUUAAGCUGGCAGAAGCAUGUCCAAGCAUAAUUCAGGAAGAAUAUCAACAAUUUAUAACAUUUGAUUCUGCACUCUUUAGUGGUCUUGUUGGCAGGAGUCAUUCAGUCAUAUCAGACAAAUAACUCCUGAUUCUUUCUUGGA